AUCUUUGACACGUGAUGAGUCAGCUGACUCUCUGUGCCUUUCACAAGACCGAGCACUGCGAUUUAACAAGCAGUUUUGCUGCAGACCGACGAGCACACAGAGGGAAGACGACGACUCUCCGGUCUGCACUUGUUUGGAGGUACAGUAGCAAAAGAAGGGCCUGCCAGCAAACAGUUCUCGGAGGACACCUGCCAGCACAAUGAGGCCCCCGAUGCUGCUGCCCUCCUUUGGGCUGAUAACCUGCACUCUGGUUUUAAUGUUGCUGCAGUUUGGGUCCUGUCAUCCAGCACAGACGCCAGAAGAGCCCAGGCUGGUGUUCAUGGAGCAGUUUAGCCGACCAGGGGUCGGAUUUAACUGGAGAAAUGUCACCUGCCCCUUGUGCAAAGCAGUUUUCACCAUCCUUGAUAUCGCCCUUCUGAGUGACGCAAAUGAAGAGCGAGUGGCGCAUGCGGUAGGUGAGGCGUGUAUCCGUCUCCAUCUGGCUGAUGAGCAGGUGUGCCGAGAAAUAGCAGAGUUGUUCAGGGAUGACUUCAUCCGGGCUCUGCAGGAGUCCUUGCUAUGGCCCACUGAAGCAUGCGCCCUGCUGGUGGGCCCUUCCUGCGGCAAAUUUGACAUCUAUGCAGCCUGGAACAUCACAUUGCCAAAGGUCCUCAAGCCCCCAGUUACACCACCCUCUCCUCCCAAACCUGGUUCUCCACAGAGCAGGGUCUUGUUUCUGACUGAUAUCCACUGGGACCAGGGGUAUGUAGCCGGCAGCGCCGCAGACUGCAAGGAACCUCUUUGUUGUCGUAAAGACUCCGGCUCUCCAAGCUGGAGGCGGAGGGAGGCCGGGUAUUGGGGAACCUACAGUAAGUGUGACCUGCCUCUGCGGACGGUGGAGAACCUCCUGGAAAAUGCUGCCACAGCCGGGCCCUGGGACUGGGUGUACUGGACCGGAGACAUACCAGCGCACAACGUUUGGUCUCAGACCAGGAAACAGCAGCUGUCAGAACUUACAGUUAUCUCCAGGCUCAUCCACAAACACCUGGGACCUAAUGUGACAGUUUACCCUGCUGUAGGGAACCAUGAGAGUACGCCAGUGAACAGCUUCCCACCACCCUUUGUUCAUGGCAACAGAUCCUGCGCUUGGCUCUACGAUACAAUGGCAGAGGAAUGGGCGCCAUGGUUACCAGAGCAGGCUUUGAAGACUUUGAGAUAUGGAGGAUACUACACAAUGGAGAUUCAGCCUGGUCUAAGGGUGGUCUCUCUCAACAUGAACUUUUGUGCUCGAGAGAACUUCUGGCUCAUGGUGAACUCUACUGAUCCUGCUAACCAGCUGCAGUGGCUGGUGCAUAUUCUCCAGGCCAGUGAGGACAAGGGAGAGAAGGUACAUAUCAUUGGUCACAUCCCACCUGGCCUGUGUCUUGGCAGCUGGAGCUGGAAUUACUAUCACAUUGUCAACAGAUACGAAAGUACAAUUACUGGACAGUUUUUUGGCCAUACACAUCUGGAUGAGUUCCAAAUGUUUUAUGACGAGGCAACCAUGUCCCGGCCAUUGGGAGUGGCAUUCAUUGCUCCCAGUGUCACUACUUAUGUUAAUCUUAACCCAGGUUACCGUGUCUACUAUGUGGAUGGGAAUUACCAGGGCAGCUCUCGGCUGGUGCUUGACCAUGAAACCUACAUCCUCAACCUCACAGAAGCAAAUCACAGUCCAGGAGCGCCAAGUGGCCCAGAACAGAACCCCAAAUGGACACUACUGUACCGUGCCACAAAGGCAUAUGGCGUGACUAGUCUGUUCCCUUCUGACUACGACGGGCUGAUACGGACCUUUAUCACUGAUGACCGGGUCUUCCAGAAGUUCUGGUACUUAAGACAUAAAGGACAUGUGUCAGAGCCCUGCAAGGAGACAUGCAAAACGACAGUGCUCUGUUUUCUGCGAAGCGGGCGAUACGAUGAGCUGGAGCAGUGUGACCUCCUCAAUGGUUUUGGAGGAAACUUGGUCCGGGCGGCCAGAAAAACCCUUUGUUGACCUGAAGAAGUUUGGACUGAAUGUCGAGGUGGGGCGAAAAGCAAUAUGACCAAAUAUGAAAUUGAGCCGAAACGUUUUUUCCCUGUUGCUGGUUGGUCAACAAGGAUUGUUGUAUUUGUUUGAUAAUAUAGUCACAUAAGCUAUUACUCUGACAGUUUAUGUGGAUUCUAUAAACCUGACAGUGUAUGAAGAGUUCUUUAUGUCUUGUGUUAUCAAUCAUGUUUUUACAAAGACUUCUAACUGAUUGUCAUUCGCAACAUGCCUUAGGUGUGUCAACCACUGUUUUGCAAUGCCAGUUGUGUAAACACUGCUUGAAAUUGUCCUGAAAGAUGUUCUAUUUACUUAAAAUGCACAGGAUUGCAGGAGUUAGAUGGUUUGUUCAAAGUGGUCAUGAUUGUGGCAGUUCUGCUGCACUGGGUGCCUUGUAUCAGGGAAAGUUGUGUUAAACACAUCUAUCCUUAACAACAAUCCUGCAACUUUUAAAGCUGCUUAAAUGCUGUUCUACAGAAUAGCUUGUACCCAGUAAAUUGUGACAUAGUGGAAGGUUUGCAUUAAAAUUGAUGACUAUCUGUCCUUUUUGACCUGUGCCACACUGCAGUGUUAACAUAACGUUUGCUUUAAAAUGAUGCAGGCUGGUGGAUUAAUGGACCUCAGCCGUCACCUCUCAGGUUUGAGCUUUGCGGAGUUGCUACGCAGUACACAGUAUCUUAACUAAAUUUUUACAGUCCAUCUGCACCAUUGUGUUGAUUUAGGACAGUAUGUAAAGUAUCUACCGUAAUGCGCAGCACCCUCUGCCUCGGCAAAGAGGUGUUCAAACCUUAUUGAUUAACAGUAUUUCUCAGUGAGGGUUACUUUUGUCUGCACUUUAAUUCUUUGUUGGCUAGUUAACGUCUAGGUUUAAGAGAGCAAGUUUGAUAGACCCAAAGUGUGACAAGCAUGGGAAGGGUCUCAGAUCUUGGUCUAUGCAACCUGCGGUGUAACAUAAGCAUGACCAGCAAUGCAACUUGAAAAUGAGCAAUAAUUUAAAGAGAUGUAUAAAUUCUGAAAAUAAAAGAUUAAAUCUGA